CCGAGUACGACAUUUAGUAAUGAAAAUACAGGUGCGUUCUUGGGCUGAUAGUUAAUACAUUGUUUUAGAAAAUGACAGUCCGAAUAGCAAAAUUUUGUUGUGCAACUUGUGUUCGUGCUACAUCCGCGCCGAAAGUGCCGCGUGUAUUGCAUAUCUCUCGCUGCGAAAUUCUAACCCCAUUGCAUCGCAUUUAAAACUCGCUCCAUGCCAAUCAUCUCCAGUAUUAUCAAGACUGCGGCGGUUGCGGCCGCCGCCGUGGGCAGCAGUUUCUUGGGCUUAACCAGCUAUAAGAUUUACGACCUAAAAAAAUACUCUAGCGUGCGGUUGGCCAACGGAGCCCAUCUUAAAACUCCGGAUUACCUCGAACGCCUGCCGACACGCGAGGGCCAGCUAACCUUUCUAGAGGACACACCAGAGUACGACGUCUUAGUCAUUGGAGGCGGCGCUACGGGAUGCGGAGUGGCGCUGGACGCCGUGUCUCGUGGACUGAAGACAGCCUUGGUGGAGCGCGGCGACUUUGCCAGCCAGACAAGCAGCAAAAGCACCAAACUGAUUCACGGUGGCGUCCGUUACCUGCAGGCGGCCAUCCUCGGAUUUGACCUGCAGCAGUAUAAUAUGGUAAAAGAGGCCCUGCGGGAGCGCAGCAACUUUCUGUCCAUUGCCCCCCAUUUGACGCGCGCCCUACCGAUUCUUUUGCCGCUGCGUGACUGGUGGGACAUCCCUUACAUGUGGGUGGGAAUCAAGUUGUACGACAUGAUCUCGGGUGACUCGGUACUGCGGCACUCGUACUAUGUUUGCAAGGAGCGCGUAAUGGAGGCCUUCCCGCAACUGCGCGAGGAGCCGGUACGGGCCGGGCUGGUGUACUUCGACGGCCAGCAGAACGACGCGCGCAUGUGCCUGGCCUUGGCCAUCACCGCCGCCCGCAUGGGGGCUAAUGUCGCCAACUACUUGCAAGUGGUCAACCUAGUUAAGUUGCGCGACGGCUGGAGGGAGUUCGUCCGCGGCGUCGUGGUCAAAGACGUGCUGACCAACCGGGAGUUCGCCAUCCGUGCCAAGUGUGUCAUUAACGCGACCGGGCCCUUCACCGACGAGAUCCGCCAGAUCGACAACGCCGCCGCCGAGCCCAUCUGCAUGCCUAGCGCUGGUAUUCAUAUCGCGCUGCCGGCGUAUUACUGCCCAAGGCAUCUGGGUCUCAUUAGCACCAAGACUAGUGACGGCCGGGUCAUCUUUGUUUUGCCGUGGGAGGGCAUAACGCUAGCCGGUACAACCGACACUCCGACGGAUGUGACCAGUGAGCCGACGCCCACGGAGCGGGAGAUUGACUUUGUCCUGAAGGAAUGCCAGGAGCUGUUAAAGAGCAGUAUCGACCGCAGUGAUAUUCUAUCAGUGUGGUCAGGCAUCCGGCCGUUAGUGCGCAACCCCCACUGCAAGGACACCAAGAGUCUGGCCCGCACUCACAUUGUAGAAGUCAGUCCCUCGCAGUUAAUCACCAUUGCGGGGGGAAAAUGGACCACUUACCGUGCCAUGGCCGAGGAAACUGUCGACAGGGCCGUGGCCGAAUGCAACCUCAAACCUGCCAACAGCUUCUCUCAGACGCUCGGGCUGCCGCUGGAAGGAGCGCACGAAUACGAACCGCACUACUUCGUUCGGCUGGUGAAAAGUUACGGCGUGGAUUACGACGUUGCUAAGCACUUGGCCCACCAGUAUGGAGACCAGAGCGAGGAAGUGUUGAAGUUGGCGGAAGUGACGGGCAAAGCGUGGCCGCUAACCGGCAUCCGCCUUGUGGAGCACUUUCCGUACUUAGAAGCGGAAGUGCGCUACGCCGUGCGACAACAUUAUGCCGUCCACCUCACUGACGUUAUUGCCCGCCGUAUGCGGUUGGCGUUCCAGGAUGUGCACGCUACUCGACAGGUGUUGCCGCGCAUCGUCGAGAUUAUGGGUCAGGAACUGAAGUGGACUGACGAAGAGAAACACAGACAGAUCGAGGCAGCGGAGGACUUCCUGGAGCGUCAGAUGGGCCACAGCACGCUGCACCAUGAACACAGUGUGCUGCCCUCACCGCGGGAGGCAGUGGCUCACUGCAUUGAGCGCUACCAGGCGGCCGAGAAAAAGCCUGGCAGCGGCAUCAGCCAUAAGCGGCUGCUGGCGCUGCUGCAGGAGCUGCAACUGGGCGAGGUAGACGAAGAACAGCUGCUGACGCUGCUCAAGCAUAUCAAAGCUCUGCAUCGUAACAAGCUGGUCAGCCUAAUGGAAUUUCUUGCACUGGCAGCCGAAAUCAGACGGCUCCAAGAGUUUGCGGCACAGGAAGAACGACGGAAGCAUUGGCCACACAAAACAUAACAUAUUAUGUAUUAAUUGUUUGCCUCUUUUUAAUUGGUUGACGUUGCGCGGAAUGUAUUGAAUUUUGCGUUUUGGUGAUUUUAAUUUGGCAGGACCUAUAUCAUGCGUAGGACGAAGCAACAUGUAGCGGCAUUUAAAGCGCAUUUAAAGCAUGUAGGUCAAGUGACUCAUGGCUUCAAUAAAUAGGCUGUAUUUAAUUGUAC